AAAUAAAACCCCGAUUCUGUCUCUCUCUCUCUCCCUCUCUCUCUCCCUCCUUUUUGUUGUUCAUCUUAAUUUAUAAUUUAUAAUUAUUUUUAGUGUUUUUGGACAGUAUGGUUCUUCAAAGUUUCAGUCUUUACUUCUUAGUUCUUGCUGAUAUGUGUUAAGUGUUGUGCUUUUUGAUCUGGGUAUUUUUUUUAUAUUUUACAGAACUUGGAUUUUGUGACGUUUUUUUAGGUGGGUUCUUCAGGAUUUUUGUUAUUUAAUUAAAAAAAAUCUGAGCUUUGGAGUGUGAAUUGAUGAGGGGUAGCUGAGAUUUUGGUCUGUGUUUUUCAAACUCUGGUUUUUUAUGGGUGAAAGUUGACAAUGUUGAGUUCCGUGAGCUGAAGGGAAACUCUGAGUCAUAGGAAAAAACAAGUAAAAAUCUGAAUAUUAUUUUUUUUGGGUCUCUGUUUGUUGGAUCAGAUUUCACAGAAAAAUGGGGACCAACAUGAACUUCAAGGGAUUUGGGAACGAGCCGCCGUUAGCGAGGCAGUCGUCGAUCUAUUCGCUGACGUUUGAGGAGUUGCAGAACACCAUUGGAGGCCCAGGGAAGGAUUUUGGGUCUAUGAACAUGGAUGAGCUUCUGAAGAGCAUAUGGACGGCUGAAGAGACUCAGAUUAUGGCGCCGGCUGGUGGAGCCGCUGGUGGCCAAGACGGGCUUGGCCACGGCGGUGGUGGGUCACUGCAGAGGCAGGGCUCUCUGACCCUGCCCCGGACCCUAAGCCAGAAAACUGUGGAUGAAGUGUGGAAGAACCUUUCAAAAGAAGGAACGGGUGCCGGCGGGUCUAAUAUGCCUCAGAGGCAGCAGACUUUGGGGGAGAUGACUUUGGAGGAGUUUUUGGUAAGAGCUGGGGUUGUGAGAGAAGAUGCACAAAUGGCUCCAAAGCCUAAUGGUGCUGCUUUUUAUGGUGAUUUGUCUCGUUUUGGUAAUUCUGGUAGUUUGGGAUUCGAGUUUCAGCAACUGAAUCGCGGGGUUGGCGUGAUGGGGAAUCGAGUUUCCGAGAACAAUAAUCAUCAGGUUCCGAAUCAGGGUUCAAAUUUGCCAUUGAAUGCUAAUGGGGUUAGAUCAAAUCAGCAUCAGCAACAGCAACAGAUGCCGCAGCAGCAAAUAUUUCCCAAGCAGCAACCUGUGACUUACAACACUUCUCAGUUGCCUAUUGGGCCAAAUACUCAGUUGGGUAGUCCUGGAAUGAGGGGUGGGAUGAUGGGAAUCGGUGAUCAGGGUAUGAAUGGCGCUUUGGCUCCGAGUUCAGGGAUGGGAAUGGUUGGAUUAGGAGUUGCAGGAGCUAUUCGUGUGGCAACGCCUUCACCUGCGAACCAGUUGUCAUCUGAUGGGGUUGGCAAGAGUAAUGGUACUGAUACGUCAUCCGUGUCACCGGUGCCUUAUGUGUUUAAUGGCGGCUUUAGGGGGAGGAAAGGCGGCGGGCCUGUGGAGAAGGUUGUUGAGAGAAGGCAGAGAAGAAUGAUUAAGAACAGAGAAUCAGCUGCCAGGUCCAGAGCUCGCAAGCAGGCUUACACAAUGGAAUUGGAAGCAGAAGUUGCAAAACUGAAGGAGGAGAACCAAGAGCUGCAGAAAAAACAGGCUCAAAUGGCGGAAGUGCAGAAGAAUCAGAACAUGGAGAUUUUAAACCUUCAACGCGGGAAGAAGCGAUGCUUGAGAAGAACGAUGACGGGUCCGUGGUGAGGUGCCAGGAGGGAAGAGGAAUGUGAUUAGAAGGGGUGCUGUAAAUAUUCAAAAGGGACAUGAUGUCUUGUGGUGUAGAUUUUUUGAGAGUUUAGUGUGUGUGCUGGAGAUUUGAGCUUUACGUGUCUAGUUCAUAUUCUUGUCCUCUGAGCAUCAGACCACUUGUGGGAUCUUUGGUUUCUGUUACCUUUUUCCUAUGUUAAUGUUUCAAGAAUUUUAUGUACACGAAAGAAGUGAAAUAAUUAAAACAAUAAGGAAACCAUGAAUGAACGAA